CAGUCGUUUGUGUGGAAGUGUGGUAGACAGGUGUACUUUGGAGCGUUGGCUCAGUUUAUUUGUCAGCUCACUGUGGAAUAAUAAGGAACCGAAUUUGGAUUGAUAUGGCUUCAUUCGGUCUUGUUCUAUUCCCACAUAUUCUGCUGCAGACCUUUGCAGCCCCAGGAUCAGUGUUCCUAGACGGGGAGAAAGCUGACAGCAUUUUGAGGAGACCCAGGCGAGCAAACACAGGACUAUUUGAGGAGUUUCUGAAGGGGAAUGUAGAGAGGGAGUGUAUGGAGGAGACAUGUGUCCUGGAGGAGGCCAGAGAAGCCUUUGAAAAUGAUGAAAAGACAAUGGAGUUCUGGGCAAGUUAUGUUGAUGGGGACCAGUGUAAAUCAUCGCCCUGUCAAAACCGAGGCACAUGUGAGGACCAGAUGGGCACAUACACCUGUAACUGUCUACCGGGCUAUGUCGGCAAAAACUGUGAAAUAGUAACUGCCAAAAUGUGUGAUGUUGAUAAUGGAGGCUGUGAGCAUUUCUGUGUUGUGAUGGAGUCUCAUGAGACAGGAUGUCGGUGUGCAUCCGGUUACAGACUCAAAGAAGAUGGAUUCACAUGUGAACCUAUAGUUAAGUUUCCAUGUGGCAAAGUCACUAAAACGGCUGUGAGAACUUUUGCCAGCGGUCCAACGUCUGCACCGAACUCUGCACAAUCUUCCAAUAAAUCCACAUCCAGCACUUCCAAACCGGACAACUUGACAAGCCCUUCAAAUUCUAAACAGAAAAAAGAGAAAAUCGCGCCAUCUCAUGUUAAACUCCCUGAAUGGGCAUUUGAGGAGUAUUUGAUGACUCCUGUACCAACCGUAAGUGCCCCAAAAAGCCGUAUUGUUGGUGGCAAUCCAGCUUUACCUGGAGAAAUCCCUUGGCAGGUGGCGCUGGUGGCGCGCUCAACACAGCAGGUAUUCUGCGGAGGCUCCAUUCUUAACCAGUUAUGGGUCAUUACUGCAGCCCACUGUCUGGUAGGGACACAGAAUGGAUCCUUCUACAUCAGAGUUGGGGAGCAUGAUGUCUCCAAGACUGAAGGCACAGAACAGAAUCUGAACAUCACCCGUUUCAUCUCACAUCCCCGUUAUGACUCCAAAGUAAGCCUCUACAAUCAUGACAUUGCCUUGUUGCGGCUGCGCAACCCCAUCCGGUUUACCCUAACUGUACUUCCUAUCUGCCUGGGACCCAUGCUCUUCUCCAACUCACUGCUGCAGUCUGGAUCUCUGGCUACUGUCAGCGGCUGGGGCCGUCUGCGCUUUCAAGGCCGAAGUGCAGUGAACCUACAGAAGGUUGAGUUGCCUUAUGUAGACAGAACAGUGUGUAAGGAAAGCAGCAGUGACCCAGUCACAUACUUCAUGUUCUGUGCUGGAUACUCAGAUUCUCCUAAAGACGCGUGUCAGGGGGACAGCGGAGGACCUCAUGCCAUGCGCUACCACAACACCUGGUUCCUCACAGGCAUUGUCAGUUGGGGAGAAGAAUGUGCCAAGAAAGGGAAGUACGGUGUGUACACCCAGGUUGGUAACUAUUAUCGUUGGAUACAGCACGUCAUGGGCGUUACUAAGGGAGUACUGCUUAAAAAUGUGGACCUAUGAUCUAGAAUUCUCAUUUUAAAAUCUCAUCUGCACACAUGGAGUAUUCAAAUCUGGAGAGAAAAGAUGCACUUGUUUAAUCAGGUGAAAUAAAUACAAUUAGAUUGUUCGUAAUCUGUAACUGUAAUCUGUAACAGAUUGUAGUCAUGCCCUGCCCCCAAGUCCUGGCUGGCCAAUGAGAUUCCAUCAAUAAAUGAUCAAUUAUACAUGACUUAGUACCUUCACUGUCCCAUAAGGACAUUUAAUAAUCCAUAAUUACACUGUUUUCUCCUGUGGUUUAAUGAAAGCUGGUAUGUUAUUAAGCAAUAUACUGCCUUGCUACAUGGUUAGAACCUGCUAAGGUUUCUUGACUGAGAACUCAAUCUCUCAUUCAGACAGAAAGAAGAAAAAAAUGUAGCCUCUCAAGCUUUGAGCUGCAACUGCCUUCAGAGGGAAAACUGGAGGAACGUGAGGGGGGUUGACUGAAAAUAUCUGACACUAGAAACCUACUUAAGAUUUCAACAGCGUUCUUUAAGACUCGUGACCUAGUUCUGAAAAUCACUGGAUCUUACCCAUAAACCCUGGAGGCAUCAGAUCACUCACAUCUCACCCGUGAAAGAUCCUUUCAUCAUUUGAGGCCAGUCUCUGGGAGAUAACAACACAGUUGAUGUUUAUGAUGUAUAUGUGCCUUUGACUCUAAAAUGUCUAAUUCUAAAAAUCUUGUUAUAACUUGAACUAUUUUUUAUUAUCAUUAUUAAUAUAUUUGUACUAAUUAAAAUAUACACU